GUUCUUCCUUUUUUCCCCUUGAUUUCUCAUGGAUGUUUUUUCUGUUUGAUGAGAAGAAAGUAUGGGAGCGAAGAGUAACCUUCGUUUCCUCGCGCAUCUCUGCCAUUGAUUUUCUUUGUUAGAAAUGUACAAUUAUGUUUCUCUGUGCUUUCUCUUCUCUGGGUUUUCUAAUUUAACCAAGAGAACCAAAAUGGGGUCUCAAAUUUAGCGAAGAGAACACAGUCUUUCUCUGGUUUUCCCAAUUCUCAAUGGUCCUCUGCCUCAACCAAGAAAACCCAAUUACGUUUAAGAUUGAUUUUUCACUUCUGGAUUCAUCUCUCUACGUCUUUCUCAGAGAUUUGGAUGUUUCUGUUUUUUUAGCACAGAGAUUAAGGAGGCUCUUGAAAUUGGCAAAAGUCUGAAGCUUUCGGCUUGAAAAGGAGGAGGAGGAGAUGGAGAUAAACAAAGAAAACAGGAAACGUCCUUCAUCAGACUCUCUUGUACAGCAAAGUCAAUGGGAACUGCACAAUUCUGACCCCCCAACAGUUGCCUUUGCUCGUUCUAUGGAUCUAAAUAGAGAAAACAAGAAACGUGCUUCAUCAGACUCAUUUUUACAGUGGAGCCAAUGGCAACUGCUCGAUUCUAUCCUUCCAACAGGUGGUUUUGCUCACUCUUUUGGUCUUGAGGCAGCAAUACAAGCUCGCAUAGUCUCUUGUCCUGAAGAUCUCCAAACUUUUGUAAUCCAUCUGUUGGAGAAUACUGGAAGCUUACUCCUUCCUUUUGUCUAUUCUACAACAAUGUCGCCUGAUUUUGAGACCAGGCGCAAACUCGACAAAAUGUUGGAUGCAAUAUUAACUAAUGAAGUGAGUAGGAAGGCAUCAAUUUCACAAGGGUCGGCAUUGAUGAGGGUGGCUGCAUCCGUGUACUCAGAAAUACCAUCUCUUAAAUCUAUGAGGGAAGCUUCUUUAAGUUCUGGGGUUGUUUCUUUUCACCAUGCCCCUAUGUUUGGGGUUAUAUGUGGUCUGCUCGGGUUGGACAGCGCUACUUCUCAAAGAGCUUACAUGUUUAUUACAAUGAGAGAUGUUAUUUCUGCUGCAACAAGGCUCAAUUUGGUAGGGCCCCUUGGUGCGGCUGUACUGCAGCAUCAGAUUGCUCCUGUUGCUGAAGCUAUACUGAAUCGAUGGAAGGACCGUCCAGUUGAGGAAGCAUGCCAAACUGUUGCUUUGCUUGACAUUGUGCAAGGUUGCCAUGGCUACCUGUUUUCUAGACUGUUCUGUUCUUGAAGUCCCCAAAUAAAUGCAUCAAAUGGCGGAGCCUGCUUGAACUUUUCUUAAUCUUCUUUGGGAAAAGCUUCAUCCAAAGACUGAGGAAGCAUUUAAUUCAAAAUUCUCUUUUCAAGAUGUGGAAGUUCCUAGUUACAAAGAGAAAAUAUGUAUUACUCAAUUUCUUUCUGGUUUUCUUUCAACUCAUGGCAACAAAUACAGAACAGGAAAUUCAAAAAUAAGACCUCCUAAAGGGAAGCGCUUAGAUAGAUGCACGUAUUUAUGGCAACAUGUGGCAAACAAUUCAGAACA